GCAAGCAAUAUCAGUAACAAUGGUGAAGAUUGCGUUCUUUGAAGACAAGAACUUCCAAGGCUGUAGUCAUGAGUGCAGUACUGACAGUCCUGACCUGAGCUCAUAUUUUAGUCGCUGCAAUUCCAUUAAGGUGGAUAGCGGAUGCUGGGUGCUGUAUGAGCAUCCCAACUACACAGGCUCCCAGUACAUCCUGAGCCCGGGUGAAUACCCCGAUCACCAGCAUUGGAUGGGAUUCAACGAUAGCAUCAAGUCAUGUCGUUCAAUUAAAAACGUCUAUGGAAAAUCCUGGAAGAUCAGAUUCUACGACAAGCAGGAUUUUGGAGGCCAGGCAGCUGAGUGUGUCGAAGACUGCCCAUCAGUUUAUGAGACCUUCAAGUUUCGGGAAUUGCGGUCCUGCGUAGUGAUGGAUGGUGCAUGGGUCCUGUAUGAGCAACCAGACUACCAUGGACACCAGUAUUUCCUGGAACGUGGAGAGUACCCCAACUAUACAGACUGGGGCGCCAACUCCCCUGCUGCAGGAUCCUUCCGAAUGAUCACAGAACUCUAGAGCAGCAGCAACACAGUAGGGUUCUGCAGCUUAUGAAAAAGUUAUCCAAGCCAACAAUGUUCUUAAUCUGACAGACGGAUCAAGCUGCAGGACUCUGUAUUCUAGAACAUUGCUUGGUUGUUGUUGGUUGUCUUGCUGAUAAGACGACCAACAUUUCAAAGAGUCUUGAUACCAUUGAAGUCUUGUAACCUUUAAAUAAGUUCUAGAACCCUUGAAGAAGAUCCGGAAGUUCCUCCCUCCAACACUGUUUUUCCCUCCUAUACCCUGUACUUCUUUCCAGCACUCUAAGUGCUAUACUUAA